UAUGUGUCUCAAUGUUUUAUCAAACCAAAAUACACUCCGGAAGAGUCAAAACAACCACUUUACUUGUCACUAUGGGACGUAAUGUUGGUCAUUGCACACUAUAUGCAGAGGGGCUUCGUUUUUGCAAAGCCUCCAGGAUUUGACACCGAUGGUGAGAACCAACUUCAAGAACUUGUGCAGAAACUCAAGGAAUCACUUUCUCUCACCCUUGUUCAUUUCUAUCCAUUAGCAGGUCGUCUGGUAACGCAGAAAAAAGCUGAGAAUCCUUCUGAAUUGGCAAUUUAUAUCGAUUGCAAUAAAAGUCCUGGGGCUCGAUUUAUUCUCGCAUCAUUGGACUUGACCAUGGAUGAUAUACUUUCAACGACGUACGUUCCCCCAAUUUUGAGAUCAUUGUUUGAUCAUGAGAGGUCAAUCAACUAUGAUGGUCACACCGAGUCUUUGCUGACCAUUCAAGUCACUGAGUUGAUAGAUGGAAUCUUCAUUGGAUGCUCCAUGAACCAUAUGGUAGGGGAUGGGAUAUCUCUCUGGCAUUUCUUGACCUCAUGGUCAGAGAUAUUCAAAGCGGAGGAAAAAACUAGUGUAAUCUCAAGGCCCCCAGCACAUGAUCGACUGUUUCCACGGGGACGACAUAAUCCGUUUCUCAGACUUCCAUUGAUUUAUGACCAUGAUGAUCAGGUCAUCAUCAAUAGAGAUGAAGCAGAUAUAUUGCCAGCUGAUAUGAUUAGGGAAAAAAUAUUUCAUUUCUCAUCUGAGACAGUGAGAAAGCUGAAAGCAAAAGUAAAUGCUGAGCGGAAUGCUACUGAGAUUUCUUCCUUGCAGGCAGUGUCAGCUCAUCUUUGGAGAUGCAUAACAAGGGCUCGGAACUUCCCAUCAGAUCGAAAAACAAGCUUUGUUAUGGUUGCAAAUGCAAGAUCAAAGUCAGUUCCACCAGUGCCUGAGGACUACUUCGGUAACUAUCUGCGAGCAGCGAUAGCAACAGCUGGCUGUGGUGAAUUACUGGAACACGGCCUAGGAUGGGCAGCAUGGCUAUUGCACCAGGAAGUGAUCAAUCAGACAGGCUACGGAAUAUCACAUGAGCAGAUGGAAUCAUGGCUGCAAUCGGCAAUCCUAUCUGGUAGUGAUGCUCCCGAUCCCAGUAGAUUACUCUUGGCAGGCUCUCCACGAUUUAACGUGUACGGAAUUGAUUUUGGACUUGGGAUUCCAGUAGCAGUUCGAACCGGUAGUGCAGACAAAUUCGAUGGGAAAAUGGUUGUGAGUCCAGGAGUUGAAGGAGGUGGAAGCAUGGACUUUGAGAUUUGCCUUCUACCACAUAUAAUGACUUCUCUUGAAUCAGACAAGGAGUUCAUGGAGACAGUCUCUUAGCUUAUGAAGGCCAAGUUCGGAGUUACAGCUCCAUAUAACAGGAUCAAGGGGUUUGGUGUAAAAAAGUAAUCUUUUGGAGCAACUUUUGGGAGACCCUUUAUCUCAGGGCAUGACCACGCCAGAAAUUGAAGAAGGUACCUCAAGCCGGAGCCGCGGGAUUAAUUGCAGCAAAGCCAACUAAGGAUCCCGGUCCACGUGAACCCGAAACACUGGAUCAGAACCUUUAAACAAAAGCUUUGUUCCUGACCCUUUGUGGAUUUCUCCUGGCGGCGCUAAUUAGAAGCUAUAAAUAGGAAAAGGCCAGAUUCAUAAGAGGGCAAUUUUUUUAGCUUUAGUUUUCUUUUCACGCAGCAGUCAGACGUUGAAGACUUUUCCUUGCUUUUUGGCUUUUACGCUUUAGACUCUUUUGCUCUUGCUUCGGCUCUGUACAAAUUCUCGUGGGU